CUCUUGCUCUCUCUCUCUCUGUCUCUCUCUCUAUCACACACACAGCUACGGACAGUAAGGAGUCCUUUGCGGGCCGAGAGCUGCCCCCUAUCCGGGAUGCAAGGGCCCCCUCUAGACAGUCGACAGGUCGGAGUGACAAAUUGAACCCUGUGGCAGAACUGAAGACCGACAGCUCUGAAUAUGAGGAGGACCCGGAGCUGUACUUCAGGGACCCCUGGCAGCUGCUGGAGCUGCUGACAGAGCUGGAGGAGCAGAACCUCUCUCUGAUCCAGAACUCCAGGGAGACCGAAGAGGCCCAGGAGGAGUUCCGACAGGUCAUGGACUACAACCGCAAGAAGAUGGAGGUGGAGACCAACCAGCUGACCCAGCAGAUAGACAUCAUGACCCACACCAUCCAGAGGGAGAAGGAACGGGCUGCCGAGCUGGAGCUAAGGGCCCGCCUCUUCAACUUUGGGAAGUACAAGUCGGACGACCAGGAGGGUAUGUUUGACUCCCUGGGCGCUAAGGUAGAGGAGGUGUACCGGGGCUGCAUGGGUGACAGCGAGGCCAACCUGAGCACGCUGCAGAUGCUGAAGGCCAUCGAGAGCCGCCUGGACGAGCUGCUGGAGAACGUGGAGAUCGUCCCCAAGGAGCGGCUGGUGCUGGCCGAGAGGGCCAAGGAAAAGGAGAGGAGGUUCAGGAUGCGUGAUGAGAAGAUGCGUCAGGACAAGCAGAACCAGGAGAGGCUGAAGAGGGCCCUGGAGAGAGCCCAGGCUGACGUCAAGAAAACAACUGUCAAGAAACUGAUGGCUAGAUCACAGCGCCUUGCCCGCAAGCUGAAGACCAGCCAGGUGUAUGACAUCUCAGACAAGGAGAAAGAGGAGCAGCUCUACUUCUACACCUAAGGGCCGAGUCACAACACGGCCUCAUACGCCACAACUGACCGGAACUCAUUUAAUCUCUGUUUUGGCCUAUUGUGGGCUGUGACUGAGUCACUGUAAAUACUGACUUUAUACAUUUUGGGGUAUGACGGGUAUAAGUAUGGCUUUUACAACGACACUAUUGGGCGCUGGUGAUGUCACAUGAUGGGAUAGGACCUACUUCUUUUGCACUGGCUGGAGGUUUAUUUUGAGUCGGUGGUGGAGCACAUUUUACAUUUUUGUCAUUUAGCAGACGCUCUUAUCCAGAGCGAUUUACAGUUAGUGAGUGCAUACAUGUUUGUUUUUUCAUAGCACGUGGACUUUGUUUUGGUGAAGAGCUUUAUGAGGCAGGUGGAGAGUGCUCUCCCCACAUAUUUAAUAGAAUUAGAUUUUACCAUACCAGACUACAUUUUAUUCAUUUAUUGUGCUUCUUAUUUACCUUAUAUGUGAAUAGCAGUUGUAUGGCCUGACUGCUUGGAUGGACUGACUACUCUAGCCUCUUUGGGGAAUUCAAUGGGAACCUAAAAUCUUUAUAAUCCAGGAGAGCCAGAUAGAAAUCUGCAUUAGUCCAUAACACAAAAAUAUGCUUAUUGUACAAAAUAAAAUGUUGAAUUGUGCUUCAAUCCUUUAUUUAAAUUCCUGUCAAUUGGAUUGAGCCAUUUUGUAAAACAAGGCUAAUCAAUAACUAGAUUGAAGUCGUCACAUAUAGAUAAGCAUUACAGAUAUUAUAAACAAGUGGACCGGCAACGUUUUAAACAUGGAACGCACACGUGUCUCAUUCCUACAUAGCUCAUAAGACACAGCUGUAGAAAAAUACAUCUGACCCCACCCACCACCAAAAA